AUGGCGGCCGCCCGCCAGGUCUUCGCCCACUACAUGGUGGGCCUGACUGACGGGCAGUCGGCCGACCAAUGGCAGCAGGACAUCACCGACGCUCAAAAUUCAGGCAUCGAUGGCUUCGCCCUGAACGUGGGCUCCAGCGAUUCAUGGAACGAUGCGCAACUGCCGCUGGCGUACAACGCGGCCGCCUCGAGUGGCUUCAGCCUGUUCUUCUCCUUCGACAUGGCUGCCAGUACGUGGACCGUGGACCAGGUCGUCUCCUACGUCAACACCUACAAGGGUUACGGCAGCCAGCUGAAGAUCAACGACCUGCCCCUGGUCUCGACAUUCGAAGGCCCAGAUUGGGCUGACAACUGGGCUUCGGUGCGUUCUUCCACCGGCGGUAUCUUCUUGAUGCCAGACUGGGCUUCCCUCGGAGCACAGGGGGUUGCUGAUAAACUCUCAUUGAUUGAUGGUGCUUUCAACUGGGGUGCAUGGCCCCAGCCGAACCAGGACAAUAUGACAACUGGCGACGAUGUGGCAUACACAUCGGAUCUUCAGGGGAAGCCGUACAUGAUGGGCGUGAGCCCCUACUUCUACACCGAUCUGCCGCAAUACAGCAAGAACUGGUACUCAUCCAGUGACUCGCUAUGGUACGACCGCUGGAAGCAGGUUCUUGGCAUAAUGCCCGAGUACAUUGAGAUCAUCACCUGGAACGACUACGGCGAGUCGAGCUACAUCAACGCCCCCGUUGCCAGUCAGAUCGUGAGCGGUGCCGAGGGAUACGUCGAUGGAUUCGACCAUACCGCCUUUCGCUUCGUGCUGCCAUACUUCAUCGCUGCUUACAAGAACGGCAACCCAGACGUGGCUGUCCCAACCGAGGGCGCCAUGGCCUGGUACCGGACUACUCCGGUGGCUGUCUGCGGCGACGGUGGUACUGUCUGGGGACAGGACGGAAGCGCUUCAGCAGCAGGGGGGACGUCAGACGUCAUCUCGGUCAUCGCUCUAGCCGAAGCCCCCACCUCCAUCGACGUUAGCAUUGAUGGUUCGAGCCAGCCCGUCAACACGGUUGGCACGGUUGGCAAGGCUACUUUCUACCAGAUCCCUUUUGACGGAAAGACUGGCGCAGUUACCAUCACCAUGAACGGUGAAUCAACAACAGGACCCGAGAUCACAAACAUCUGCCCUUCGUCAGGCCAUGUGAACUUCAAUGCUGUUUCAAUCCAGGUGUGA